AUGUUGGACACUUUGGACAUCGCCGCCCACGUGGUUGAAAUGGAGGCAGCAGGCAAGAAAAAGCUUCCCAACGAGAAGCUGGAGAAGGUGAUGGGACGCGGGUCGCCCCGCGCGGAUAAGAGCUUGUGCACCGUGGAGCUUGACCAGGAUCUGAAACAGGUGGUUGACAACAUCUCCGGCAACCAUCGGCGGGCGCUGGUCCUGGAAGAUGGCAAGCCGCUGAGCAUUAUUACGCACUCCACGAUCAUCGCUUUCAUGAACAGCAAGCUCUCUGAACUCGAGGGCCUGCUGGGCACCAAACUGGCGCAGGACGUUUGUACUCCGGGCGUCACUACUAUCAACGAUUCGGCCACGGCGCUUAUGGCCUUCCAGACCCUCGUGACCAAAGGCGUUUCAAGCCUCGCGAUCACUGACGAGGACGGUGUGGCGAUCACCGUGGUCUCUGCUACCGACCUCGUCAUGGCAUUAGGUCACGAGGAUGACAAGUCAGCAGUUAUCUCGGACCUGAAAACCAGGAACGUUGUCUUCUUCGUAGGGGACAGCCGCAAGCCCGACCGGGCUUUUAGCCACACUCGGGCUCCGAUCAUAUCCGUGUCCGUAGAGACGCCGCUGACUCAGGUCAUCGAGAAAUUUGCGACGACCCGCGUCCACCGGAUGUUGGUAAUGGAGAAGGACAGCCGACGUCCCGUUGGUGUCGUUGCCUUGUCCGACAUAUGUCGGGCCUUUUCUGCCGCAGCUCAAGAGCCACCCGCCCUCGAGUAG